CGGUGCCUGCCCAGAUUCCUGACAUGGUGUAGGGCAGACUGGGUGGGGACGGGCCGGGGACCGAGUCGUGCGCGGCUUGCCUGCGGCUGGGCCGGGUGGCGGGGCUUUGAACUGGGAGCGAAGGUGAACGGAACUUUUGGAAGUAGUGCCGGCGGCUCUCACCCCCAGUAUAGAAUUUGUAUGGAUCCAUUUGCUAAGGACAUGCAAGAUUUGAAGAGCUGAAAAAAGUCAGUAUUAAAUCUGCUUUUUAAAAAUAGCCUUGAGCUGUUGGUUGUAUCGGAGCAGAGGAAGACCUGGGACCCCUUCUGUCCAGAGGAAAUCAGAUCUUGGUUGGACUUUGCCAUUGACAAAUAAGAAAAUGAUGAGUGAUGCAAGUGACAUGUUGGCUGCGGCGCUAGAGCAGAUGGAUGGUAUUAUAGCAGGUUCUAAGGCCCUGGAAUAUUCCAAUGGGAUCUUCGAUUGCCAGUCUCCCACCUCUCCAUUCAUGGGAAGUUUGCGAGUUCUGCACCUUGUGGAAGACCUGCGCGGAUUGUUAGAGAUGAUGGAAUCAGAUGAAAAGGAGGGCUUAAGAUGCCAGAUCCCUGAUUCUACAGCAGAAACGCUUAUUGAGUGGCUCCAGAGUCAAAUGACAAACGGACACUUACCUGGGAAUGGAGAUGUGUAUCAAGAAAGGUUAGCACGCUUAGAAAAUGAUAAAGAAUCCCUUGUUCUUCAGGUCAGCGUGUUAACAGACCAGGUUGAGGCUCAGGGAGAGAAGAUUCGAGAUCUGGAGUUUUGUCUUGAAGAGCACAGAGAGAAGCUGAACGUCACAGAAGAAAUGCUGCAGCAGGAGCUUCUGAGUAGGACAUCCUUAGAAACUCAGAAGUUGGAUCUAAUGGCUGAAAUAUCUAACUUGAAGUUAAAACUGACAACUGUAGAGAAGGACAGAUUGGAUUAUGAAGAUAGGUUUCGAGACACAGAGGGGCUAAUUCAGGAGAUCAGUGAUUUGAGAUUAAAAGUCAGUGAAAUGGAUAGUGAAAGACUUCAAUAUGAAAAAAAGCUUAAAUCAACCAAAGAUGAACUAGCAUCUUUAAAAGAACAACUGGAAGAGAAGGAAUCUGAAGUAAAAAGGCUACAGGAAAAGUUGGUUUGCAAGAUGAAAGGAGAUGGGAUUGAGGUUCUUGAUAGAGAUGAAAAUUUUAAAAAGAAGCUCAAAGAAAAAAAUAUUGAAGUACAAAAGAUGAAAAAGGCUGUGGAGUCUUUAAUGGCAGCAAAUGAUGAAAAGGAUCGAAAAAUAGAAGAUCUCCGACAGUGCCUAAAUAGGUACAAGAAAAUGCAAGACACGGUGGUACUGGCACAAGGUAAAAAAGGCAAAGAUGGUGAAUAUGAAGAUCUGCUCAAUUCCAGUUCCAUCUCCAUUUUGUUGGAUGCACAGGGCUUUAGUGACAUAGAGAAAAGUUCAUCAUCUUCCCCAGUAAUGGGAUCUCCCAGUAGUGACCCAUUCAACACAAGUGUUCCAGAAGAGUUCCACACUAGCAUCUUGCAAGUUUUAGUCCCUUCAUUAUUGCCAACAUCUGUAGGAGUGGAAACUCCUGAAAAAUCCAAGGUGCCUCCUAAGCCAGAGACGUCAUUUGAAGAGAAUGAUGGAAAAACAAUCCUUGGUGCUGCUGUUGAAACCCAACUGUGUGAUGGUCUUUUAACUUCAAGUCUACAAAAGUCCAGUAGCCUAGGCAAUCUGAAGAAGGAAACAUCAAAUGGGGAAAAGGAGUCUAUUCAGAAGUCUUCAGAGGAUAAAACUCCAGGAGAAAGUAGCACAUUUGGGAACCUCCCUCCCAAAGUUCCAGGACGCGAUGCCUCCAUGGAUGACAACCCCUUUGGCACUCGAAAAGCCAGAUCUUCCUUUGGCCGAGGCUUCUUUAAAAUCAAAAGUAGCAAAAGGACAGCAAGUGCACCAAACUUGGAUCGUAAACGAAGUGCCAGUGCACCCACCUUAGCUGAAACAGAGAAGGAGACAGUGGAGCACCUAGAUCUGACUGGUGCAUCUUCUCAGGCCAAAGAUUCACAGGGGAACAGUCCUUUCCAGUUAUCUCCACCAUCUCCAGAUUCUAAAAAAAAAUCCAGAGGUAUCAUGAGACUCUUUGGAAAACUUAGGAGAAGUCAAUCAACUACAUUCAAUCCAGAUGACAUGGCUGAGCCUGAAUUCAAAAGAGGAGGGACAAGGGCAACAGCAGGCCCCCGAUUGGGUUGGUCUCGAGAUUUGGGACAGUCUAACAGUGACUUGGAUAUGCCAUUUGCCAAAUGGACCAAGGAGCAAGUUUGUAAUUGGCUUGCAGAACAAGGUUUGGGAUCCUACCUGAAUUCUGGCAAGCACUGGAUUGCAUCUGGUCAAACACUUUUGCAGGCUUCACAAGAUCUAGAGAAGGAACUUGGAAUCAAGCAUUCACUUCAUCGAAAGAAACUCCAGCUGGCACUGCAAGCCCUGGGAUCUGAGGAAGAAACCAAUCAUGGGAAGCUAGAUUUCAAUUGGGUCACUAGAUGGUUGGAUGAUAUUGGCCUCCCCCAGUAUAAGACCCAGUUUGAUGAAGGACGGGUAGAUGGUCGAAUGCUGCAUUAUAUGACAGUUGAUGACUUACUGUCUUUGAAGGUUGUGAGUGUCCUGCACCACCUCAGUAUCAAAAGAGCCAUUCAGGUCCUGAGGAUCAAUAACUUUGAACCAAACUGCUUACGGAGGCGGCCAUCUGACGAGAAUAGCAUCACCCCAUCUGAGGUUCAGCAGUGGACCAAUCAUCGAGUGAUGGAAUGGCUACGCUCUGUUGAUCUGGCAGAAUAUGCCCCAAAUCUCAGAGGCAGUGGUGUCCAUGGUGGUCUCAUGGUUCUAGAACCUCGUUUUAAUGUAGAAACAAUGGCUCAGUUAUUGAAUAUUCCACCAAAUAAGACCCUGUUGCGAAGACAUUUGGCCACUCAUUUUAACCUCUUGAUCGGUGCUGAGGCCCAACAUCAAAAGCGAGAUGCCAUGGAGUUACCAGAUUAUGUACUUUUAACAGCUACUGCCAAAGUGAAGCCAAAGAAACUUACCUUCAGCAAUUUUGGGAAUCUGAGAAAGAAGAAACAGGAAGAUGGAGAAGAAUAUGUUUGUCCAAUGGAAUUGGGACAGGUAUCAGGAAGUGCCACUAAGAAGGGAUUUAAACCUGGUUUGGAUAUGCGCCUGUAUGAUGAAGAUGAUUUAGAUCGGUUAGAGCAGAUGGAAGAUUCAGAAGGGACAGUGAGACAGAUAGGGGCAUUCUCUGAAGGCAUCAACAAUCUCACACACAUGUUGAAGGAAGAUGACAUGUUUAAAGAUUUUGCUGCUCGCUCUCCCAGUGCCAGCAUUACAGAUGAAGACUCAAACGUUUGACCUGGAUGAGCAGUAGGAGCCCUUUGUCUUUUUCCCACUUUAUUUUUCAAAUACAGUGCAUACUAUAAGCCACAGAUUGUAUAUUGUUUAUCAUUCCAAUUUCUGCUCAUUUAAAAGUGGAAAUGGACAACAGGGGACAUGUGCCUGUUCAGAAUCUGCCACAAAAAAUGAAGACACUGGCGAAUGAGAGUAUAAUUGUUCCUCUUUUAAUGUAAAAAUCUGUGAUGUAUUAUAUUUAAAGUGUUGCACUUAAGAUGAGUAUUUUAUGUUUUUAUUCACAUCCCAGCAUGGAGGAUUGAGCAGUGACCAGGGUGUGAAUGACUUUGUCACAUCGUUGUCCUCUGCAGCCAUCUAAGCAGGACACUCUGUGUUCAGAGGCAGUGUGUGGAAUUUUGUGUUCCCACUGAAUGCCAGCCACACCUCCACUUGCCUCUUACCUUAUUUUUAUAUAUUUUUCUAAAUAUAUGUAUAUAUAUAGUACAUAGAAAAUAGAACUUUUAUUUUGUGACAUAAGAAAGAUGAUGGAAAGAUCACAUAAAAAGAAAAACAGAAAAUCAGAUAAAAACAAAAUAUAAUGAUCUAAAUUUUCAUGUCCCACCUGGUCCUUAAGAGAUUUUUCUUUAUCUACAGCUGAACUUUUAACAAAGUCUGUUGUUCAGGCUAAAUUAAUAUACACGAAAUAGCCUUCUUUAAUAACAGUACAGAAUUGUAGAGCAAUCUAUUUUGACCUUAAUCUUGGAUCCGUUUACAUAACAAGGAAGAACUCAAGGGACAUUAAUACACCAUUAACUUGAAUAUAUUCAUAAACAUUCACACAUACCCCUCUCAAAUUUAUAGAAAUAAUUUCUAAAGAAACCAGAAAUAAAAACCUUUACAGUGUUUUUUUAUUUUCUUCUUUGUUAAAUACAUCAUUACAUCAGAGUACUAACAAUCUGCCUAGAAAAUGGUACAUUUCUCAGGCUAUCAGUAAAUGGAGAUUUAUUUCAUUUCGAUCAGAUUCAAAAAUUCUGAGGCUGCAAAACUAAUUUUGUAAUGGCUAUUUCAUUACAUAAAAUGUAGUUUGUGUUUUUCUGUAACACAAAACCCAAAUUUUCUUUAUUUAAAAAAUAUAGCUGCAGCAAAAACUGCACUGUGUGUGUUUUUUAUGGGGUAUUAGGGAAAAAAAACUAUUUUUCAUUCAGUGCUACCUAUGCUUAUGAUAGUCAUCUGUGGAAACGAUGGGUGUUCACAAAUUGGGGUUGAGGUGGGCAGUUCGGUUAAUGCCAGUGAACUUGGUUAUAAGCUCUAUUUGAAUAUCAAUGGUAUUAUCUUUUAUGUUGACAGCAAGUUACCAAACUAUUCAUCAAGGAACUUAUAACACUAGAUGACUAUUUAAUUCAUAACUGAAAGAAUUUGAUGCUGCAGCGAUUUCCUUUAAACUCUUUCAUUAAUUGGUAACUAUAUUAGACUCUUCCUGUAUUUGAAUUUUAUUUUAAUGUGAAUAUAUGUCACCAUUUGAAAAACUCAAUUUGUUAUUAGAACCUGGUUGAAAAUACCAGGUUAAAAAUGCUAAAUUCUCUUUAUUCAGGACAAUAUAACACAAUAUUUGAAAAGAUUAACAUUUCUUCAAUGAUAUAUUUACAAAAUAUUAUACACUGCUGGUAUUACCAUAUGAGAGGAAAUAAAGUCAAUACUUAUUGCCUAAUGUUUUUAUUGUCAUUGUUUAAUUUUACCUCGUUCAAAAUAACAAAUAGGCUUAGUUUCUGGUAUAGAAAACAGUAACAAAUUCUUUCUCAUUGGUAAACGUCCACAAAUUUGUUUAAGGUGGAGUUCCUAACAUGUAUCAGCAGAGAGAAAUUUGAGGUCUUUGUUUGAGAAACUUGUAUGAAAGGAAUACAAGCAACUGAGUUGGGAGAUGAGGCAUCAUGACAGAAGGGAUAUAGGAAAAGUAAACAGAAAUGACUCACCUACAGAUUUGAAGCCAGUUAUAGAAGGAGGUGUGUGAAUCUGACCCAUACACCUUUGAAGAACUAACAUACUAUCUUUAAAAUUUUGUAAGAGGGAACAUCUAGGAAGAAGUCACCAAAGAUUAAAAGUAGAGUGAACAUAACAGAGAAUUUUUUGUGAAAUUGAAUACCUGUAACUUAAUAAACUAGCUGGAAUCUGUAUGAAUACAACACACCCAGAUGACAAACAAAUUGCCCUCACAUGUUUGCUUAGCCUUGUGUCUAUAUGCUUAGCUAUACCAAGGAAGUGUAGGGUUAGGAAACUGUGACUAUAUUAACAAAUGUAACUUCA